AUGGACAUCGAGGAACCCCGAGUCAUCUCGAAGGAAGACCUGCUACACUGCGGUCAUAUGGUCCGUCACAUAGUCCGUAAGUCGGGGAACCUAAAAGGGACCUCGCAGAAAGCACUCAAUCAUGUGACGGACACAAUAAAACAAUACGUCGAGCAGCCGGAAUCCGAGUUGAUGGCACGCUUAGAAAAGGAGGCACGCGAGUGGAAAGAGCGCGGAGCCCAACUUGCGGAAUCCGUGAAAAAGUUGCAGGAGGAAAACAGCUCCCUACGGAGGCGCCUAGAAGAACUAGAGGCGUCUGCCAGUAAGCCUUCUACGGAAGAAGUGCUGGCAAUGAUUGAGGCAAGGGUGCAGGCCAGGAUGGAGUCUAUCCAGAUGGGCCCGGCACAGCGCCCCCCAUUGGCACACGAACGAAGGACUACCGGGGAUACGCAACUCCCGGUAGCGGAUGGUAUCGUUGGGGAGCGCAAACGCCCCGCCGCAAGUCAUAGCGGGUCCCUCCUCGGCGACGGCGGCUGUGACGCCCACGACGGCAACAACCGCCAGAAAAACCGCGAGAAGAACGGUGCACCUGAAAAGAGGAAGGCGCCAGGCCCCAAAACAAGAAAGGGAGGAAAGAAAGGACAGGCAGUGCAACCAGCGCCGGAGCCCCGUCCGCUGCCGCCGGCCCCUGCGUCAAUGGAUACGCCGUGGGUAGUGGUGGCCAAGAAGUCAAAGAAAGGGAAGCCCGCUACAGCGCAAGCGGCCAAUGCACAGCCGCCGCAGCCGACGCGCAGGGCGGAGCCCAAAUUGCGGCCGCCACGCUCCGCGGCGGUUAUCAUUUCCCUAACGCCGUCGGCGGUGGCCAAGGGGCUGUCGUACAAACAAGUACUGACGGACGCCCAGACUGUAGAACUGCGGCUGACGGAGCUGGACUACACGGCCACUCCGGAGUCAGUCGCAGCGGCCCUCUCAAAGGCCGGUGAGUGCUCCUCGGAGCUAAUUAAAGUAGGGCAGAUUCGCCCCGAUCGUUCCGGCUGGAGAGGCGGAGGUCGGCAGGUGCAAGCCAAUGACGUAGACGAGGUGCAGGAGAGUGCGGCUGAAAGGCCCAUGGAGGUAGCGGCCGAGUUCACAAGGCCUUUUGACAGCUUCGGAAUCGACUCCGAAUCAAGUGAGAGUAUGUCGUCGGUCCGUAGCAAGAAAUUCUGGAGACGGCACUCGCCCAAGGAGAGCGAAAUAUGCUUGACGAGCGAGACUGACGAACCGGCUCCGAAAGCGGUCACGACUGAUGGCAGAGGACGAGGGCGUCCGCCAUCUACCGGGCAUUAUGCGGGCCUUAAAAGGCCCAAAAGAGCUCGACGCUCGAAGGCGGGAGCAAUCCCGUCAAAGAAUGGAGAAAGAACUCGAGGAUCAACUUCGACAAGAAAACGGCCGGUGACCUCGAAACGCAUGGACAUCGAGGAACCCCGAGUCAUCUCGAAGGAAGACCUGCUACACUGCGGUCAUAUGCCGGAAUCCGAGUUGAUGGCACGCUUAGAAAAGGAGGCACGCGAGUGGAAAGAGCGCGGAGCCCAACUUGCGGAAUCCGUGAAAAAGUUGCAGGAGGAAAACAGCUCCCUACGGAGGCGCCUAGAAGAACUAGAGGCGUCUGCCAGUAAGCCUUCUACGGAAGAAGUGCUGGCAAUGAUUGAGGCAAGGGUGCAGGCCAGGAUGGAGUCUAUCCAGAUGGGCCCGGCACAGCGCCCCCCAUUGGCACACGAACGAAGGACUACCGGGGAUACGCAACUCCCGGUAGCGGAUGGUAUCGUUGGGGAGCGCAAACGCCCCGCCGCAAGUCAUAGCGGGUCCCUCCUCGGCGACGGCGGCUGUGACGCCCACGACGGCACCAACAGCCAGAAAAACCGCGAGAAGAACGGUGCACCUGAAAAGAGGAAGGCGCCAGGCCCCAAAACAAGAAAGGGAGGAAAGAAAGGACAGGCAGUGCAACCAGCGCCGGAGCCCCGUCCGCUGCCGCCGGCCCCUGCGUCAAUGGAUACGCCGUGGGUAGUGGUGGCCAAGAAGUCAAAGAAAGGGAAGCCCGCUACAGCGCAAAGCGGCUAA